AUGGCCGAUUCCAGCGAAACCCGGUUCGCGCGGGCCACCAAGCCCGUCAGCGAGGCUCUGCUUAACGAGAAGUGGGACCGUGCCAUCUCCUCCAUGAUCAUCAAGUCUUCCCUCGGCCUGUCCUUCGGUGUUGUCUUCUCAGUGCUCCUGUUCAAGCGGAGAGCUUGGCCCGCUUGGGUUGGUCUUGGUUUCGGUGCCGGUCGCGCCUGGGAGGAGUCUGAUGCUUCCUUCCGCCGCGGUGGUUCGUCCAUCACUGAUGCUCUGCGCCGGUAAGCAG